GGAGCAACACCCAACACUUUCGUCCGAAGGGCGCCUAUCUUGAACGCAGCCAAAAGGAACAGAACAGCGAUAAGCCUCGGCUCAAACUUGACCUCUGCUGCUCCUCCGAGAGCAAAGAGGCUUACACCAAUGGCGACGAGGGUGAACUGCAGCGCGUGGUUCGUAAACCCUUGGCACGCCAUAACCUCCAGGCCUUCUCUUUCGAGGCCUCGUCUCCAAUUCCGCCACACCCUUUUCUCUUCUUCUUCUUCUUCUUCUGCUUCGUCGGCGACUCGUGGAGCCGUGUGCUGUACUGGGUUGAGCAACGGCGCUUCGGAGACCGACCCUUUUGUCCUCACGACGCCGCUUUACUACGUCAAUGCCCCUCCCCACAUGGGUAGCGCCUACACUACCAUUGCUGCUGAUGCUAUUGCUCGCUUUCAGAGGCUAUUGGGUAAAAAGGUUAUAUUUAUCACAGGCACAGAUGAACAUGGUGAGAAGAUUGCCACAGCUGCUAGUGCCUGUGGUUCAAGUCCUAGUGAACACUGUGACGUGAUUUCACAAGCUUACAAAGCUCUUUGGAAAGACUUGGACAUAGGUUAUGAUAAAUUCAUACGGACAACUGAUGCUAAACAUGAAGCAAUUGUUAAGCAAUUCUAUUCUAGGGUCCUUGAGAAUGGCGACAUUUACCGAGCUGAUUACGAGGGUCUAUAUUGCGUCAACUGUGAAGAGUACAAGGAUGAGAAAGAGCUGCUAGAUGACAACCGUUGUCCUAUGCAUCUGAAGCCCUGUGUUCGCAGAAAGGAGGAUAACUACUUUUUUGCCUUAUCAAAGUAUCAGAAAUCCUUGGAAGAAACUUUGGAACAGAAUACAGAGUUUGUACAGCCAUCAUUUCGUUUAAAUGAGGUGCAAAGUUGGAUUAGAAGUGGUUUAAAAGAUUUUUCCAUUUCUCGAGCAUCAGUUGAUUGGGGUAUUCCAGUCCCUAAUGACAACAAGCAAACAAUCUAUGUCUGGUUUGAUGCUUUACUGGGUUAUAUAUCUGCAUUAUCAGAGGAAAAUGAGCGACCGGAUUUGCAGAAUACUGUUUCUCUGGGCUGGCCUGCUUCACUACAUCUUAUUGGCAAGGAUAUAUUACGUUUUCAUGCAGUUUAUUGGCCAGCUAUGCUGAUGUCUGCUGGUUUAAGUCUUCCAAAAAAAGUAUUUGGCCAUGGAUUCUUGACAAAGGAUGGCAUGAAGAUGGGGAAGUCACUUGGAAAUACUCUUGAACCAAAUGAUUUGGUUCAUAGAUUUGGGUCUGAUGCUGUCAGGUACUUCUUUGUCAGAGAGGUGGAAUUUGGCAGUGAUGGUGACUAUUCUGAGGAUCGUUUCAUUAAUACCGUUAAUGCACAUCUUGCCAAUACUAUCGGUAAUCUCCUGAACCGCACGCUUGGGCUUCUGAGAAAGAACUGCAAAUCCACAUUGGUGGUGGAUUCAGCCAUUGCUGCUGAAGGAAAUGCAUUCAAGGACACGGUGGAGAUGCUGGUCAAAAAGGCUCGAGUUCAAUAUGAAAACCUAUCACUUUCCACAGCAUGUGAAGCAGUUCUCGAAAUUGGAAAUUCUGGGAACUCCUAUAUCGAUGCACGUGCUCCGUGGUCUCUAUUUAAGCAAGGGGGUGCUGCUUCAGAAGCUGCAGCAAAGGAUCUGGUGAUCGUGUUGGAAGCAAUGAGGAUCAUCGCUGUUGCAUUAUCUCCUGUUACUCCAAGGUUAUGUCUUAGAAUAUAUGAGCAACUGGGCUACUCAGCAGAUCAAUUCAAUGCCACAAAUUGGAGUGCUACGAGAUGGGGCGGAUUGAAGGGUGGUCAGGUCAUGGCGCAACCCAAACCGGUUUUUGCAAGGAUAGAGGACAAAGUCGAAGAGGAAACGAAUGCUAAAGUCGGGGCAGGAAGUGGAGCAACAUAGAGUACCCCAGUUCAGGAGUGAACUACCUUAGAGAACACCAAGCAGAUGGUCAUAAUCUUGCUCUCGACAGCAUUUUGGUUUAGAUAUUUUUCACUCACUGUGAGAUAAGUGCGAUCGAAUUUACAGUACUACUACCUCAUUAAGGCAUCUUAUCAAAAGACAGUAGUUUCUUGCAA